AUGGCAGACUCCACCGAGACGAAGCAGCAGGCGUUUGCUGUCCCCACAAAACGUAUCCUCUCAAAGGCACACCUCGCCGCCUUUGCCCGCUCCAAGGCGCACGCCGAGUUGCUGGCGUUCAUCGAUGACCUCAACGAGCGCAUCGUCGGCAUCAAGCUGAGCGAGAUUGGCCAGCCGAGCGAGCGCACCGCGCCCAUCAUGGCCAUUCUCGACGCCGUCCUCGAGACCGCCAAGACCACGCCACCCGUCGACAACAAGCUGUCGCGCUUCGGAAACCCAGCUUUCAAGACGUUUUACGACCGUGUCGGUGCCAGCAGCGCCAAGCUACAUGCGACUAUUCCGGGCCUCCCGGCCGAGAGCGUCAAGGAGGUCGAGGCGUACUUCAAGGACAGCUGGGGCAACCGCGAACGUGUCGACUAUGGCAGUGGAAUGGAGCUCAACUUUUUGUCUUGGCUGUACUGCCUCGACAAGCUGGGCGCGUUCACCCCCGAGGACCGCGCGUACCUCGUCCUCGGCGUGUUCUGGAAGUACAUUAUUGUCAUGCGCUACCUCCAGAGCACCUACUGGCUCGAGCCAGCCGGAAGCCACGGCGUGUGGGGUCUUGACGACUACCAGUUCCUUCCCUUCCUGUGGGGCGCAGGCCAGUUGAAGAACCACAAGCACCUCCGGCCCAAGGCGAUCCACGACGCCGAGAUUCUCGAAGCCUUUGGCAACGAGUACAUGUACCUGUCGUGCAUCAUGUUUAUCAACAGCAUCAAGUCUGCGUCGCUCCGAUGGCACUCGCCUAUGCUCGACGACAUUUCGGCGGUCAAGACCUGGGACAAGGUCAACUCUGGCAUGCGCAAGAUGUAUGCUGCAGAGGUCUUUGGCAAGCUCCCCGUCAUGCAGCACGCCCUCUUCGGCACCAUCCUCCCCUUCCCCACACUCGAGGAGGAUCCAGAGCUCGCCAAGGCUCUGGCGGAGGAAGGCAUCGUCGAGCCCGACGCCCACGGCCACAUCCACGAGGCCGGGUGGGCGAUGGACUGCUGCGGUAUCCCUGUCCCCUCGGCCUUUGCGCAGGCAGCGGCCGAGGGCCAUGCCGCCAACUUCAACGCUGGCGUUGUCGGUGGAGGUGCAGCGGCGGGCGCGCCCGCUCCUGGCGUGCCGUUCACCGCCAGGCAGGGGAUCAAGCCUAUCCCCUUCGACUAG